UGGGCUAGUUGGAUUGGAUUAACAUAAGGUUACAUUGGUUUCGUUUCCGGUAUUUUAUUAAUCAGAAACAUUUUAAUUUCUAAACCAAUCAUUUGGCUACAUGAUAAAUCCGUGAGAUAAGAAAAUGUAGAAUAUAAAAUUCAGCUAUAAAAGGCCAUUGCAUUUACCACAACGUUCAAAAUCCAAUUCAAGCGAAAUGGUCCCAACUAAGCUGCUUUUAACCCCGACCAGAACUGGGAUUCUAAUUUUGUUUCUCCAUUUGGCUAAGGCAGCUCGAAAAUGGGACUACGAACCGAUAUCAAUGUCCACCACCUCUUCGGAUGACAGCAAGCUUAAGUUUGAUGGUAAAAUUGAUCGGUUGGGCCGUGGGGAAUACGGAUUAACAGCCACCAUUGAGUGGAAGUAUGAUACCAAUGAAAAAACCAUGGUUGAAGCCACCGCUUAUCGCAGUAGUUCUGGAGAUGAAAAAGACUAUAAGUUGCUCCCUUGGUCAAUUCCGAAGCAGACUUUCUAUGAAUACAUCGACACCUAUUACAAGGACGUGAUCAUCAAAAAUGUAGGCCACUGCUCCAACCUUCCCAACUUUAAGGGCAAAUUUCAACCUCCUUGGCCAAAGAACACCUAUAAGCUCGACAAAUGUAAGUUCGAUGGCGAUGGACUGCCGGAAAUCGCUCCGCCGGGAUACUACAAGAUCAUAUUUAAUAAAUUUGGACCAGGCCAGCCAACAUGGGGUUUUACGGCGGUCUUCAAGCUGACAAAUAAACUGUUCUAGACCUUUUAGUAAUCGAAAAGAUUACUGAUCAUUUCCAAAAUACUAUUAAAUAAUCUGAAGAAAUAAUAAAUAAAUAAAAUUUCUUGAUUUGAAUUACUAUCAAUUGGUAAUGCUUCAUUUGAAAACUCGGUAUAUAACAACACAUUUAAAGGUCCAUUCUCAAAUGCACAAAAGUUUGUAAAUAAUAACUAUAUUUUUCGAGCAUGUCACAAGAUAAUGUAUAUCUUUUUAAAACAUGUUACG